GCUGCCUCCCAGAAGGAGCAGCCGAAAUGGAGCCAGAGUAGCCAGAAGAGCUGGAGCAGCUGGAGGAGCCAGAGUAGCUACCGCUGCAUUCCAGAAGGAGCGGCCAUGUGUCUAAGACAAAGCUGCAGCUGGAGCACGGGAGCCCUUGGAGCGCAGGUACCGCUGCGGAGCAGGAGCUAAAGCCGCCGCCGCCAGGAAAAGGGAGCCACCAGAGCACGCAAGCAUUGGAGUGCGGGAGCCGCCGCCACCUGCUGCCACGGCGGCCCCCAAAGCCUUGAAUUCGCUCCAAUGCAGGAGGCGACUUUGCUGCUGGAGUGUAGGAGCCAAUGACGCUGCCACCAGAGUGCGGGACCCAACAUCACCUGGUUGGUGGCGUCCAGAAUUCAGGAUCCCACAGUGCCGCCAGCAGAGGACCAGAGAUGUCGGAGGGCAGGAGCCAAGGCUGUUGCAGCUGGAAGGCAGGAGCUGCUGCCUCCAGAGCUCAGAGCCGCCCCCAAGGGACCCAGCCCAAGGACCCAAGCUGGGAGCCCCUAGGGAAAGGUGCAGGCACCGUGUGGGUCGGAGGACUGCAGCUUCUGGGGAGGUCCUCUUGGGCGAAGGGAGUCGCCACAUUGGAGGAGGUCUGACCCAGGGUGGGCGUCUUUCUCUGCUGGAAGUGUGACUGUGAGUCCCGGGGUUGCGGGGCUGGAGUGACAAAGGAUGAGCCUGUCAUUCAGCCUGAUUCUGCGCCCACUUGGCUCAGGUUGGAGGCAGUGCCUGAAGCCUCGGCCAAUCAGUCUCUUAGGCGAGAACUGUCCAAUCCGCACGCAGCCGGUGAUGAGGGGGCGGGCUUCCACGAACUUCCGUUCCCUUCGCGUCUGGGCCCCGCCGUUUUUUCAAACUUUUUUGGACUUUCUGCCCUGGAUCCGGAGCCCAGGUUUCUGUGCUAUGGAGAAGCUGAAAACAAACCACAGGGAGACCGCUGAGAACCCUGAGAGCCGGGAAAUGGUGCUGUUGACAUUCAGGGAUAUAGCCAUUGAUUUUACUGAAGAGGAAUGGGAAUGCCUUCAACCUGCUCAGAAAAACUUAUAUAAUGAUGUGAUGUUAGAGAACUAUAGAAACUUUGCCUUCCUGGCCAUGACUCUUCAUGAUACCCAAGAAUAUAUAUCAGAAAAGGGCAUAAAACACAUAUUUCACAAAGUGAUAAGUGGGAAAUAUAAAAGUUAUGAUCUUGACUAUUUACAACAAAAGAAAAUAUGGGAAACUAUAAGUGAGAGUGAACACCAGAAAUCAUAUAAAAAAUCAGGCCUUGUUCACCACCAGAGAAUUCACACUGGAGAGAAGCCCUACAAAUGCAAAAAAUGUGGCAAAGCUCUUAGUCUAAAAUCAAGCCUUAUUCGCCACAGCAGAACUCACACUGGAGAGAAGCCCUACAAAUGUAAAGAAUGUGGCAAAGCUUUUAGUCUAAAUUCACACCUUAUUCGCCACAGCAAAACUCAUACUGGAGAGAGGCCCUACAAAUGUAAAGAAUGUGGCAAAGCUUUUAUUGAAAAAACAUACCUUUUUAGGCACAGAAGAACUCACACUGGAGAGAAGCCCUACAAAUGUAUAGAAUGUGGCAAAAACAGGAUGGGUUACACUGAUGGAUUCUGGUUGGCUUACACAGGACUCAGAGUGCUGCAGCGCCUUACCUUAAUGUCCCCCAUCACCACCACCACCACCACCACCAUCAUCAUCAUCAUUGCCAUCAGCAGAAGCAUCAUAGCACUCUGA